AGAAGAGGCUAAAGUAUUCAAUUCAGUCGUAUUACAAUUCAGUCGUAUAUUUAAAUUGGUAUUAGACGAGUAAACUCUCUUUAUUUAAAUGCUUUUUAUUUGUUUGGAACAUGGCAGAAGCCAAUACGAUCAAACAUUCGUUGUUGCUUCGGGUUUAUUAUCUAAUCCUAUCAAUUAAUUCAUUUUUUAAUUAAUUAUAUACGCGAUAUACAUUGAGUGCGUUCUUAUAUUGAUUCCGAGAGAUCUGAGAGAAUAUGCUGCUAAACUUUUUAACAUAUUAUCUUAAAACUUCGUUAUGUUAACCUAGGAAGAGGAGAAAGAAGACGAGGAGAAAAGUGCUGCGGAUCAAUACUCAAUCAAAAUAUUACAAGGAUUACCAACCAAAAAUUAAAAAAUAUUUCGCGUAAAAGUUUUAUUAAAAACAAUUUGAUUAGGAUUUUAAGCUCAGUUAAGGCACACUGCAAUUAUUUUGCUAGGGCUGGAAGUUCAACUUCUUGAUUUGAUUCAUUUAGACUAAUACGUUUAGUUUGAUAAGAAUAACGUGAAUUUUAAAAUAACUUUCUUUGUUUAAAGUGAAUGCAUGCAAACUAUUAAUACCAGCUCUUCUUAUUAUCAGGCCAACCGAAAAAAAGAAAAAAAAAUAAAGAGGAAAUAAGCGGCAAUCAUAUAUUUGAACACUUGCUGAGUGGUUGCAGGAAAACGUAAAUUUACUUAAGUUAAAACCUAUGCGAACGAUACCUACACAAGCAAGUCAUCCUGCAAUACAGGAAAACGCACUGUGAAAAUUUGCGAAAAAAAUAACACCCAACGUAAAUUCUCCGUGAAAAAGUAUAUGUGGUAUAAACAUCCGCAGCAUAAAUUCUGGAAAAUGUCACUUGUUGUUGUGAUUACGGUUUGCUUAUAUGCAGCGUUUCAUUCAAAGGUAACAGCUGCAGGGCUUUACAAUGACAAUGAAAUAUAUUCAAACGGAAAAUUUUACAAUUAUCAAUGCUUCGUCUAUAAGGGUAAGGAACAAAUUGCAUCAAAUUUAAGUUUACAAACACGCAAUAUUGGUUUGCAAGCAUCCCAGAGGCCUUCUCAUCAAAUUCUAACACGAAUUUUUGCAAUAUUCCUCCGUGAAAUUUUGGAUAUUCGGAAUAUUACUAUUAUACCCUUGGAGUAUCCAGUGACUUUAUCGAAGGAUACCUCUUAUGAAGAAAGGAGAUUGCGCUAUAUUUUCAAUAUGAUAAAACAACCCAGUAUAUCUAUGAUUGAUUUGGAAGUUUGGAUGCCUUCAAUGGGCUACGCUUUAAUACCCAGGCAAGUUUAUGAAGCGGGAGUCUCAACUUCACCAAGACGUUUUGCCUGGUUUGUCCCACAAUCUGCUCUAGCUAAAAAUGAGGAGAUAUGGCAUUAUAGCAUCUUUACUAAUCGCACAGAUUCCUUAUAUCAAAACUUUUUGACGGACAGUGAUGUGCUAAGAAAUUUAAGUCUUGGAAAAGACUAUGAAUUGUAUGUCAGUCCUCUCUGUCAAGAGGGUUGCGCUGUUCUAAUAGCAGGGCAUCGAAAUGAAUCAGCUUUUGUGGCGGAUCAGAUUGUGAAGUUGAAUGCAUACAUCAAUGUUUUAUGGUUAGGUGCACACUUUCGUUCUGUUGUGAAUUUUUUGUAUAGACAGCAUUUAACAUCUUCAGCUUAUAAGAAGAAAAAAUUUUUGAUUUUACAUUGGAAACCUUCCGAUAUUAUUUCCGCUAAAACCUGGGGUAUGGUAACUAUGCCGCCUUGUGAAUAUUCCGAGUCGUCAAUUCUCUCCUUUUGUGAAUACGAAUUAAAGCCUAUCAUGAAGUAUUACCACAAAAGCUUAUCAUACAAAAUUCGUCUCAUGUAUGCAUUGCGCUAUUUUUUCGUGGACGACAAACAUAUGCAAACCCUUCUAUCUUCGGUUAAUCGAGAAAUCAUUUCAGCCAAUGAAAUCAGUGAAAGAUUUUAUGAUAGCUUGGCUUGCAAUUGGUUGAAAAACAAUUCGAACGUUUACAACGCCUGGAUAUCGAAAGAACGCAUUACUUUAUCUAUUGGAGGAAUAUUUCCUAUUAGAAAGUUCAGUCGUGGCCAUCAGAAUCUUCUGCAGGCAGUACGUGUUGCGGUUAAAGCCAUCAACGAAAACGAAAAUAUCCUCUCUGAUUAUAAUUUAAUGGUAUAUGAAAAUGAUGGAGAAUGCAAGGCAGACAUGGUUAUGAAUAUGUUCAUACAAUGUUUUAGUAUACCGUACGUGUUAGGGAUCUUGGGGCCUGCCUGCAGUGAAACUGUAGAGCCUAUCGCUGGUGUAUCAAGAAGCACAAAUAUGGCGGUAAUUUCGUAUUCAGCUGAAGGUGCUUCAUUUGUGGACCGCGAAGCUUACCCUUUCUUUUUCCGCACUAUCGGUUCGAACCACCAAUUUGUAGAUGUUUAUAUUAAACUAAUGCAACAAUUUGGCUGGCAACGUGCCGCCGCUAUUACCGAGGAUGGACAGAAGUAUGGUGAAUACAUAUCUCAUAUGGAGUCUGUUAUGAAAAAUAACGAUCUAGAGCUAAUAGUCAAUAAGAAAUUUCAUAGCGAUAUUACACAUCAUGACAUGAGUGAGCAUCUUCAAGAGUUAAAGAGACGCCACGCGAAAAUAAUCAUAGCUGAUGUUCACAAUAAACUUGCCCAAAUGGUUUUAUGUGAAGCCUACAAAUUGAAAAUGACUGCCUAUGAGGGUUAUGUUUGGUUUUUACCUUUUUGGUUGUCUAAAGAUUGGAGCAGCUAUCGCUUAGAAAAUCAUGCCAAUUGUACCAUCCAGGAACUGGAGCAGGCCUUUGAGGGUCAUUUUAGCAUAAAGCAUCGACCGUUUGGUAACGAGUCGAAUUUAAUGCAGGAAGGCAUUUCUAUCGCAGAAUGGUUAAGCUCCUAUCGUUCAGAUGUCCUUAAAGAAUCUCAAUACACGGCAUUUGCAUACGAUGCCGUCUGGGUCUAUGCACUGGCAGCCGACAAACUCUUACGCGAAGAUAAGGCUGCGGUAGAGAAUUUGCGUUCGAAAAUUGUUGUUAAUCGUUUUGUAGAUUUUAUAUGGGAGACAGAUUUUGAAGGCCUUUCGGGUAGAGUUCGUUUCGAUCAGGGUGGUUCUCGCUUAACCGACGUUGUCGUAGAACAGUGGCUUAAGGGAAAACCAAACGAAAUUGGCCAAUAUCAUCCAAACAUAAUUAAUAGCAAUGGAUACUUAAAAGUUGAAGGAGGCAGCCUGUUUCUCCGGAAUGCCAUUAAGUGGUUGUCAAUUAAGCAGCCUCCCGAUGAUGGCAGAUAUGAAUGCUAUUUUUCUUCUUUAGCUCAGAUACUAAAUAUUGGGUGUGAAAAUGCCGUUAUGGCCUUUACUGUAUUGAUGUGUUCCUUAUUGGCAAUGAUAGUGACGUUGUUGUCUUUUGUAUUUUGGAAGGGACGCUAUGAUAGAAAACUGAAGCACUCUGCGAAAAUAAUGAAAAAUUUUGGAAUUGAUAUAUUUUCGCCUUCCCGUAGCAUUGCUAACACUUUGGAUAAAUGGGAGUUACCUAAGGAAAAUGUGGUAAUCAAUCGACGUUUGGGUGAAGGUGCUUUUGGAACCGUCUACGGUGGUGAAGCGUUAAUUAAUUCUGAAAACUGGACAGCUGUGGCGGUGAAAACCUUAAAGGUUGGCGCUUCUACUGAAGAUCGCUUAGAUUUUCUCUCCGAGGCUGAAGCCAUGAAACGUUUUAAUCACAAAAAUAUUGUAAAACUUUUGGGAGUUUGCUUGCAAUCAGAGCCUAUUUAUACUAUAAUGGAAUAUAUGCUGUAUGGUGAUUUAAAAACAUAUUUGCUUGCCCGUCGGCAUUUGGUAAGCGAAACUAUUUCUGAUGAUUCGGAUAUAUCUAGCAAACGUCUUACAAUGUUUGCAUUAAAUAUUUCGCAUGGCUUGGAUUAUUUGGCUCAACAGAAAUACGUACACCGUGAUAUAGCUUGCCGUAACUGUUUGGUAAAUGCAAAACGAGUUGUCAAAAUCGGUGAUUUCGUUUGCUUUUUAAUCUGGCAAUUUACUACAAUGACUGCCUUGGUUUUACCUUUUAUAGUCAUAAUCUGA